GCACAGGAAGAAGUAAAUCAUCUACGAAAAGAAACUAUGAAAAUCCCCAAAGCUUCUAAAACUGCAAUGACUGUUCAGGCUGUAUUAAGACGUGUGGAAACAGAAAGGGAUGCAGCCAUUUCUGAUUUUCGAAGGAUGGCCACAGAACGUGAUAGCUUGAGAGAGAGGUUAAAGAUUGCUCAGGACACUGCAUUGAAUGAGAAAGCUCACCUGGAGCAGAGAAUUGAGGAGCUGGAAUUAAAUAUUCAAAGCCUUGACAAUGAACGAUUAGAACAAAUAUCAAAGACAGCAUUGAUGAAGGAAACUAUUGAGUCUGUAGAAAUGGAGAUGAAAAUAUUGGCAAGAAGGGCAGUAGACUCUGAAAGUGAACUUAAUAGACAGAAAGCAACUAAUGCUUCACUAAGCAUACUGAAUGAAAAGAUAGAACAUAACUUUGCAGAGGUACAGCGACAACUUUCAAAGAAAAAAUAUGAGUUACAACUUACUCAAGAGAAAAUUAUGUGUUUGGAUGAAAAAAUUGAACAACUUUCAAAAGAAAACAUUGAUCAACAAGGAGAUAUUUGUUCUCUUAAUGAAACAAUAGCUGAAUUGGAUUCAGAAAAGGAUUCUUUACAAGAGCUUCUAGAAGAAAAAACAGAAAAAAUGGUUACAUUUGAAGAAAGUUUGGCCAUUAAAGAGAAGACAAUUUCAGAUUUGAAGUGUAUUCUUUCUGACAUGGAACAUUCAUCAAAGCAUUCUACUGAAGCAUUACGCAAGUGUGAACAAGAUAUUGACAGACUACACCACCUGUUAGAUGGUGCUAAUAAUGAGCUUAAUCAAACUGGCAGGGAGAAAGAUAAAUUAAUUCGGGAAAAUAUAAAGCUAAAGGAACAACUUUGUGACUUUAAGCAGGAAAAUCAGAUUCUACUUGAGAAACUCAGUAAAUGUCAGAAUGAUCUUGAUGAUAUGAAGUUGAAAACUGAAGAUUUGCAAAGAAUGAAGACCAUACUGAACUCUAAAGAGAAAGAAAAUGGGGAACUUUUGGAAAACUUCCACAGGUUCCGUGAAGAGGCAGACAGAUGGGAAUCAAAAUUCCGUCAAAUGGAAACAGAUUAUAACUCCAUCCAGGUGGAACUUCUCAGUGUAGAGUCUGAGAACCAUAGACUGAAAGAGCAAACAGAAUCACUUGAAAUAGCAAUUGGACAACAUUUAGCAUCUGAAAAAGCCUGUAAGUCACAGAUUUCUACUUUAGGUAAGUCUCUGAUGAAAAUGGAGGAGGAACUUGAGAAAGUCCAGCUGGAAAAGGUUUCUGUACUCUCAGAUUUGGCAUCGACUCGGGAAUUGUGCAUUAAACUGGACACUAGCAAAGAGUUAUUAAUCCGGCAACUAAAGAACACAACAAAGGAAGUAGAACGACUUCAGAAUGAAUGGGAAUCAUCUCACUCAGAAAUAGAACUUCUCAGAAAACAACUCAAUAAUGAAAGAAUCUCAAUUAAAAACUUGGAAACUUUGUUAGUAUCCAAUCGAGAAAAAGAGUAUCAGUCUCAGAUGAUAAGUCAAGAGAAGGAUUCUGAAAUACAACUUCUUAAAGAACAACUUUCUCUGGCUGAAAACAAAAUCGCUAUCCAGAGUCGAGAUUUUUCACAACUCAAAAAUACAAUAACUCAACUGGAAUCUGAGUUAGAUAUCACCAAAAGACAGUUGGGCACAGAGCGCUUUGAAAGGGAACGUGCAGUCCAAGAACUUCGUCGGCAGAGUCUUACAGCUUCAUACCAUUUAACUUCUACGAUAAGGACAACAUCACCUGAACGUUCCCGGCACUGGUCUCCUGAGAGGUCUCUGGAUAGAUCUUUGGAUGGGGAUUCUAUUUCUAUUUCAAAGGACUUCUAAUUGAAGAAGAUAUGGAAAAAAUUAACAUCCAUUAUAGAAAUACACAUGCCAAACCAAACUCAAGGUUUAUUAAAACAGUUGCUUUAAUCCAAUUGAUAAUGGAUAAUGGUCAGAGUGCUUAUUAACUGAAGAAGCAUACAUGCACAAAUAUUUUAUUUGGGCUAUUAAAAUAAAAGCAAUUUUGAUACAUUGUUUUAUAAAAUAAUUUUUAUUAUUAAAAAGAUGUUCUGAAAUGAAAAUUGAA